AUGGAAAACACACUAGGAAGCAAGCCUACUCAAAGACCAGAGGCUAUCGAGACCAUUCUCGAGUCUCUUGAAAGAUACAACAGUGAAUCAAUUCCUGUACUUGAGGCAUAUGUUACCAAACAAGCCAGCGAAGGAUUCAAUGAUAUUGCCGCUAAUCUGGCUCUUCUCAAGCACUAUCAAUUCAGCGUUCGUGCUGCCAAAGAUGAUAUUAUUUUGAGCGUGCUAUCUAUGGCUCUUGUCAAGUUCUACACUUCAGAUUUCACUAGCGCCUUACAUCUGCUGCCAUCAUUCGUGUUGACUUUGGAAAAUCCUCCUAAUGACUCUUUGGCUCAACAAACACAAAAAUUAUAUCAUCUCUACACAUUAUUGGACUCUGCUAGAUACACUGAGUUCUGGUCAACUUUCGAAAGUGAUGACAGCUAUGCUGAUAUUGUUGCUGAUGUUUCUGGAUUCGAAGAUGAGCUGCGACUUUCUAUUGCCAAGACUGUAGAGGUCUCAUCAAAGCAAAUCGCUGUUCCUGUGUUCCAAGACUGGAGUAAUCUGUCUGAAUCCAAGUUCACUAAGUGGAUUGAAGAUACUCUCCACUGGGUCAUCAAGGACAAGUCUGUUAUUGUUCCUGUCAACAAAGACAAUGAUCCUAAGGUGACCAUCACCACUGAAAACAUCCGCUUUGACCAGCUUUCCAGAAUUAUCAAGAGAGCUUAUGAAUUGGAACAGCCUGUAAACUAA